UAAGCUUCUAGAGUAAUAUCAAUUAUCUAAUUGUUUCUUCCUUUUUUCUCUUAGUUUCUCCUCUUUCUACCUUAUUGUUAAUUUCCUUCUUCUUUCCCUCUUUCACAUUGUCUUUCUUUUCUCUUUGCUUCUAUUUUAAAGUGGAUAUCACAUUGGAGAAACAACGACCAUACACAUAUAUUAUUAAAAACUCCCUUAGCCCAUCUUAGGCAUGACUCUCGUCGAGAGCAAUACUGCUGUUAAUCAGCUUCUCGAGAGAUGGGAACACGAGUAUCUUGUUAAUGGCUCAAAUGGGAGUCCAGUUGGCAUUAUUAAAAGAAUGUCAGAGAUUAUCGAAGAAUGUACAGAAGCUUAUUUAAAAACUGACCCUGAUCCCUUUGAUGACCGUCAUCCUUGUCGAGCUCGACCUGAGUGCGCUCUUGGAUUAGUAUUGAAAAAUCUGUUCAAAAAUGAAGAGUUUAUGAAUAGGUUGGUCAAUGAUUAUCUAAUGCACAGAGAUGACGUUGAGUUGCAAACACACUCUUGUCGUCUUAUGCUCGAUAUUCUCCCUGGUCUCGAAACUUCCGUUGUUUUCAAAGAAACUGAAGGCUUAGUCAAUAAAUUAUAUGAAAUGGUUCGGGUUGCCAAAGAGCCUUUAAAAUCAUAUGCUACUGGACUGUUAGCCGCAGCCAUGGAUGUGCAAGACAUUGCCAUUGAAAAUAAAGAUCAAAACAUGCAACUGGUUCCCAUCAUGUUACAAAGAUUAAAUGAGCUGAAGGAUAGUAAAAGAGAGCCGACUAUAAAUGAAAAUGACGAAACCGGUUCAUCUGAUUCAUUAAAUAUGAACAGUAGUCCAAAAUCCGACUCAAAUUCAAUAUCAAAUUCAAAUGGAAUAGCAGGGAGUAAUAGUGGCUCUGAAAUUAAAUCAAUUAAACGAAGUCAUGAAGGAACAAGCAAGUCACCUUCUUUAAAACGUCGUCGUGUGUCAAGUCCGUUAAUUAUUUUGUCCCCUUCUACUGUGAAUAGUGAAUGUUCCAAUAGUAGUUGGGCUGAUAUUGAGCCUUACAUGAUUGGAUCUUUCCAAAUGUAUCCAUUGACCCCCGAAAUGCAACAAAGAUUCAUAUUUCAAUAUCUAACACCAAUAGGAGAUUAUCAAGAAAUUUUAGUCCAUGUUUUCGCUAAUGAUGCUCUCUCCAUCAUCAAGCAUUAUAUCAAUUUGGAAAAAAAUCACGAUGUUCGAGUUGCAUUUGAGGCUCUUAAAUAUUUGGCUUCUUUACUCUGCCACAAAAAAUUUGCUAUCGAAUUUCUUAAUGGUGGUGGACUUGAAUUACUUUUACAAGUUUACAGGCCAUCAGUUGCCGCAACCGGAGUCUCCAUUUGUUUAUAUUAUUUAGGUUACAAUGAAGAUGCCAUGGAAAAGAUUUGUGUUCUUCCUCGCCACAUCCUAAGUGAUUUGGUUUCUUAUGCUCUAUGGCUACUAGAGUGUUCUCAUGAUUCAAGCAGAUGCCACGCUACAAUGUUUUUCGGAUUAACUUUCGCCUUUAGGAUUAUACUUGAUCUAUUUGACGCUAAAGAUGGACUACGAAAGUUACUCAAUGUGAUAUUUUUGCUAGACAUUUUUGCCGAUGAAAGAAGUGCAACUGAUGAUGAACUAUUUACUAAACGUCAAACUGCUCGUCAAGUUUGCAUAGCAUUGAAACGUUAUUUCGAAGCUCACCUCGUAAUAGAAGCAGAGAAUAUCCGUAGAUCUCCUUUGCCUGGGUCAAGUUCAUCCCAACAUAGUGUCAAAAGUCAUUCAGGGAAUAUACCUUCGUACAAAGCUGCACACUACACAGCUGACACUAUCCAUGAAUAUGUUGAAAGUUUGUUGGAAUUAAUGCCUUUACGAAUUAAUUGGAAACCUGUCGAUGAGCUUCUCAAGCUUGGUGGUUUAAAACUUUUAAUAUCUCUCAUAUCGAAUUCUUCUGAUUGGCUCUACACUGGUAAAUCAGAAACCAUCAAAAGCGCACUUGAUGUUUUAGUUGUGUGCUCAGUAACACCUAAAUUCCAAUUAGCUUUAACAGAAAAUACUACUAUCUCUGAGGAUCGCAACGUUCCAAUAAUUAGUGUUAUAUUAGCAGCUGCCUCGGAAUCGGAGCUUCCAGGAACCUCAGUUGACCCAGAAGUCAAAAAGUCAGCUCUUCACGUUAUUAUAAAUUGUGUCUGUGGUCCUCUAAAUAGGAUUGGUGAUACAAUUGCCCGUCUUUGUUCUGGUACAAAGAAGCGGUCUUUUCGUAAUGGUGAAGAUGUCUUGACAAAGAUGUGGAAUGUUGUUCGAUCUAACAACGGUAUCAUGAUACUUUUGAAUUUAUUAACCAUAAAAACACCAAUCACUGAUGCAGAUUCUAUUCGAGCUUUAGCCUGUAAGGCACUCUGUGGCUUAGCACGAAGUGAUACAGUUAAACAAAUUAUCUCCAAGUUACCAUUGUUUACUUCUGGUCAAUUCCAAUCUUUAAUGAAAGAACCGAUUCUCCAGGACAAAAGAACUGAACAUGUUAAAUUCUGUAAAUAUUGUAUCCAAUUAAUCGAGAGUGUUACUGGUGCUCCAAUAUCUGCCAAUAUUGAUACUUCACCAGCAAACAUUGCCAAAGCUGAAGUAGUUGCACAAACUAAGAUAACUUAUAAUGAACGAGAAUUACUCCAAUUGAUUCACCAACAUCUCCUAAACAAGGGCCUCACCCAUACCGCCUCGCAACUUCUUCGUGAAGCUAGUCUACCUGUUCCCGCUAUACCAACUCCAACUCGAGCUCAUCCACCGAUUUGGACAACGUCGCCUCUUUCAUCGAAAAAUUCUCGACCUGUUACUACCCCUGCUUCGUCUACUCCAUCUAUUCAUCCACCAACCUCAUUACCAAUGUCAUCUAACAAUCCAAAUAUUAACAAUAUCAGUUUACCCAUAAUACAUUCCUCACCUUCAUCUUCUAUUGAUAUUCAUCAAACAAAUCAUUUACCAAACACACCAGCAACCCCAUCAUCACCAAUGACAACAUCUUUAGUACCAUCAUCGACAUCAUCCAUACCGAUGAAAAUCUAUCGUUCAACAAAUGUCAAAAAUUUAUCGACUCCGAGAAAUUUGAUUCGCCAAAAACCUCAACAAGGCGUUUAUCAGCCUUCACCGGUAAUGAAACGACUCAAUGAAUCAAAUCUCAAUCCAGUUCCUUCAAUUACUUUGGAUUCAAUUGUCACAGAGUAUUUAAGAAAGCAACAUGCUCUUUGUAAAAACCCUGUGGUAACUUGUCCACCUUUUGACCUUUUUGUGCCUCAUCGUUGUCCUGAACCAUUGAAUCGUCAUACCGCACCUUUAAACAUUACUCUUCGUGUUCAAAGACGAGAGAUAGCUCCUCGUUUCGGUGGAAUGUAUGGUACCAAAUUUGAUCGUAAAUUUAUUUACAGUCGUUUUAGACCCGUUCGUACAUACAGAGAUCCAGAUGGUACUAGUUUCACUUCAUGUGCCUUCUCAUAUGUAGAACAGUACUUAUUCCUUGGAACAGCUACUGGCGAGUUGGCAGUUUUCAAUCUACACCCCGGUGUUUUCGAAACUUCAUACACUUGCCAUGAUUCAGAUAUAACGUUUAUCGAACCAUCUCGCGAUGGUAAACUUGUACUUACUGGUACGAUUUGGAGGUCGCCCCUUUCAGCUUUAUGGAAAUUUACUGACGUUUUCGAUAGAAAAUUAGAGUUUCCCGAGGAUACUUACUGUGAAUUCAGUAAACAAGUCCAAGAUAAAGUGUUGGGUACAACCUUAUGGUCAGCCAAUAUGUAUGACAUUAAUACUGGUCAAAAAAUUAAGACCUUUGUUGAUGAAAAUUUAUCAAAUAAGUAUAACAAAAAUCGCGCAACCUUUAAUCCGACUGAUGAAUUGAUUCUCAAUGAUGGUGUACUCUGGGAUGUACGAUCAGGUUCAACGGUUCACAAAUUUGAUAAAUUUAACCAAAGUAUCAAUGGUGUCUUCCAUCCUAAUGGUUGGGAAAUCAUUUCAAACUCUGAAGUUUGGGAUUUAAGAACCUAUCAUCUAAUCAAAACUGUUCCCGCUCUCGACCAAUGUAGAGUUAGAUUUAACAAGACUGGAGACGUAAUUUAUGGAGCCAUGUUCGAAGAGGAAUCUUCUGAAGAUGAUGAUAAUACUCGCAGCCCGUUUGGAUCAUCUUUUCGUACCUUUGAUGCCACAGAUUAUUCCAACAUUGCAACCAUCGAUGUCAAGAAAAGUAUAUGUGACCUCGCUGUUGACCCAGGAGAUAACUUUGUUGCCGUAGUUGAAUACCAAAAAGAACAAAUGAUGAUGAGCACGGCCGAAUCGGCUUGUCGAUUGUUUGAGGUUGGCCGGUGUAAAGAAGAAGACGAUGAAGAAGCUGAAGAGGAAGAAGAAGAAGAAGGAGAUGACAUUGAGGACGACAGUGAUGAUGGUGAUCUGGAACAUGACAAUACAGAUGAUAUUGCACCAGAUGGAGAAUCGGAUCUUGAACUUUUGGGUAUGGAACUUAAUGAUGCCGAUGAUGAUGAUGACGAUGACGAUGACGAUGAUGAAGAUGAUGAAGAAGAUGAGGAUGAAGAUGCAGAUGAAAUUGGAGAACAGUAUGGAGCGUGGUCAACAGCGUCUUCAGCUAGUGAAAGUGAUGCAGAGGAAAAUUUAUUAAAUCCAAGAGAUGGGACGUAAAUUAUUUUUACACGUCAUGUUUGUGCUCAAAAAAGAACAUGUUUCUUUUUUCUAUGAGAAAUGAAAAUCAAAAAAAAAGAUCUAAAGAAACACGCCGUUUGCAUCCUUCCUUUUUUUCACAAAAAAAUCCAGAAUUGAUGGAUGCAUUCAAUUUCUUAAUUGGCAUUUCCAUCAAUUUAUAAAUUAAUGUCUUUUGCUCUCAUCAUAUCUCUAUCUUUCGUAUCCAUCAAAGUUGACUCUUUCCAGCGUCUCAUCAUAUUUUUAGAGGUGCGAGUUAGGUUUUUUUGAUGGAGUUUUGAUCAUAUCAUUUAUAAUCCAGCCAUCGGGGCUUCAUUUUUCGCUAUAUUUUGUUGUUAAACUAUUAUUCUUAAUUUGAUUUUGUUAAAGUUUUGAUAUAAUCAAUACGAACAAAAUUUGUCAUCCAA